GCCCUGCCUCCACGCUGUGGCACAAACCACAAACUGUGCGGGUGUCCGUUUGCUAGACUUCAUUCAACCUGUGGAGUGAGAGAGGUUGAAGUAUAGUUCACGUUACUUGUGCAAAAUGUGGGGGCAUCGCUUUGCAGGAGAAACUGUAUUGCAGCUGAUAAACAAUGUCAGGACCGUCUGGUUUGCAGAGGAGUAUCUCAUCUACAAAUGGUUACCAGACGUCAGUAAAAUACGCCCUGUGGUGGGACAUGUGAUCCUAGGUGCCAGUGGAAUUGCCAUGUAUAUCCUCAUUUUUCGUCGAAGACCAAAGACCAUACCAAUGGGAGAUGGAUGGUGGGGCACAGGAGAGAAACCCCUGGAACAGGAGGAAGAUGUUGAAAUCAAGCCCUUCCAGAUCAAAACGUCAGCAGCAGAACUCCAGGACCUUUUUCAACGCCUAGAUCAUGUUCGACUGUUUACAUCUUUGGAGGACAGCAGGUUUCAUUAUGGUUUCAACCCUAUCUACCUCCAGAAAAUUAUCUCUUAUUGGAGAAAUGAAUUUGACUGGAACAAACAGCUUGGGGUCCUCAACCAUUUUCCACAGUAUAAAACCAAAAUUGAAGGCAUUGAUGUUCAUUUUGUCCAUGUGAAACCACCUCAUCUACGAGCAGGCUGUUCAGCAAAGCCACUUUUAAUGAUUCAUGGCUGGCCGGGCUCCUUCUAUGAGUUCUACAAGGUCAUUCCUCUCCUGACAGAUCCUAGUAGACAUGGCUUAAGUGAUGAUGUAGUCUUUGAAGUCAUCUGCCCCUCUAUUCCUGGAUAUGGCUUUUCAGAGGCACCUAGGAAAAAGGGCUUUGAUUCAUUGGCUGCUGCGCGAAUAUUUUGCAAACUGAUGCAAAGACUUGGAUAUAAGAAGUUUUAUCUGCAAGGUGGAGACUGGGGAGGCUUAAUCUGUCAGAAUAUUGCCCAGAUGGCACCCGAAAAUGUAUUGGGUCUCCAUCUAAAUUUCUUCCCCAUCACCAAAGGUGGACUUGGAAUGCUGAUGUCCAUGAUGUUGGGACGCUAUUUUCCUUUCUUGGUUGGAUUUACAAAGACAGAUGUGGAGCGGACAUUCCCAUAUUUUGAGAAGAAUGUGUACCACAUGUUGCGUGAGACGGGCUACUUACACAUUCAAGCUACCAAGCCUGACACAGCAGGCUGUGCACUGAAUGACUCCCCUGCAGCAUUGGCUGCAUAUAUUCUGGAGAAGUUCUCGACAUGGACAGAUUCUGCAUUCCGGGACUUGGAAGAUGGUGGGCUGGAAAGGAAAUUCUCCUUGGAUGACCUCUUAACCAAUGUGAUGAUCUACUGGUUGACUGGCUCAAUUGUCUCCUCCAUGCGCUUUUACAAGGAGAACCUUGACAAAAACAUUGAAAAGAGGCCUGAUGCAAGGGUUGCAGUGUAUUCCCCAACUGGGCUAGCUGCUUUCCCCAAGGAGUUGACACAUGUACCUCGUGUCUGGGCAAAACAGAAGUAUAAGAAUAUUGUGCUGUAUUCCUAUAUGUCACGUGGUGGCCAUUUUGCAGCAUUUGAGGAGCCUGAUCUACUAGCAGGAGAGAUUCGGAAGUUUGUCAGGCUGGUGGAAAAGUCCUGAGCUCUGUCGUCCAAGCAAAAUGGACCAAUUCCUUGUUCAGUAUUAACUUUUAUCCUAACCUCUUUCUUUAGAAUCUGACAGCAAAUUACAGUUAUUCUAACAAGAAUGUUGGUUAAAAGUCAUUGAUUGAAAUAGGCAGGUACCUGACAGUAUGAAGUGCCAACGUUUUUUUAAUUUAUGUAAGCCUUUUGUAAGGGCAAUGACAUUUUUAAUCCGAAUAAAGGCACUCAAUUUUA